AUGGCCUCAAUCACAAGUCCCGCUCGCGCAGACCUGCCGACUCCUCCAGCUUCGUCUGCAGCUGCCUCGCAGCACCCAUCGCCUCUACCCCAGCCUCGAAGGCACCCACUGCAACCCGGCGGCACGAAAGAGAGCGAGCUCAUCAGAUACCUGGACCAUGGUCUGAAUCAGAUCCAGAAACGCGUUGACAAUCGCGUGACGCAUAGGAGAACGCCGGCCCUAUUGGAUCAGGAAGGAGGCUAUCGCGCAUUCUGGGAAGUCGCAAAGGACCUUGACGGCCUUGUGGAUGUAGUCUGGGUCUCAGGUUCACCCAAUCUGCAGGUUCCCUACCUUCUUAACAUGGCUGUACUCGCGGUCGAGUUCUUGCCGUGGUUCCACAACACCGCCCGUUCCACACAAGCCACUUUCAGACUCCUCUCGAAGCUCGACUAUGCCUUCUCAUCUCUUUUGACAGGGCGCGACUCCUCAACGGGCGAGACCUUGCCAGGCUUCGAGGCUGGCCGUUCGAUAGCGACAACAGACAAAGUGCGAUUGAAGGGCAUCGUGGACCGCACACGAUUGACCGUCGUACGCACGCUGAGUGGAGAAAGCGUUUUGGGAGAAGACGAACAGGGUAGCGACGAAGAAGCAAUGGAAACAGACACAGAGAGCAGCCAGAAGACUGCAAAUGGCGCAAAUCCGGACACCGUCGUCUUCGAAGGGUUCGAGAACAAUGACAACGAAGACGCGGAUGAAGACUGGGAGGAGCGCAAUAUUGGUAGUAUCUAUGAAAUGACGAUAGGAGAGCUAGGAGAUGUUCUUGGCGGGCCGCCCAUUGGGAUCAUCACUGAAGAAUGGAGCGUCAGUGGGACUGACAAAGAAAGGAGGGGUCAAGGAUUCAUCGAGUCUGGUGGUGAGAUCGAGCUCUAA